CGCGCAUUCUGUGGGAGACUUGGACUGGAACCGCCAUCCGAUGUGAAACAGCAGAUGCGAAGCUGUGACACGCGAGCAGCACUCGCUUACCGCGGGCACAGAAGUACGCACAUUUGAGUUCAGAGCGGAUUAUUACUUGAAAGUGACGUCGCGGAGUGUGACAGUCCGGUAACAGGCGACAGAGACGGCGCAUUGUCUGCAAAAAACAUCAAUGAGUUGCUACGCUAGAGAGAGCGCGCUCAUACGACACAAUUUUCGGAUGAUUUCUUUAAUGUGCAGGGAAAAAAGGAAUGAGAGAACACACUAGAGACCAGGCGGGUACGCAGGUUGACCCAUCUGUGCAUGCAUGCUUGAGAAGUCGGACUGUGCAAGCGAUUUGCGGCAAGACACAGCGAAUUGCGCAGAGCAGCGUGAGGUAUUUUUCUGUGUUUCGUCAAUAACUAGCACUUGCAAGCUUUCUCCCAACUGCAGUUUCUUCCUGGGAGCUUUUCGCCUUCAAAAUUCAAGAUGCUGCGUCCGAACUUGGACGUUUCCAGGCGGUCUGUAGUGUGCCUGUCGCAUCUUGGGCUGCGCCGAAAGUCACAGCUUAGCAUAGAUGACCACUAUAGGGAACUGCGGCAGAACUAAGCUCUUUCUUAGGUACUCGGCAGCCCCAGAUUAUGAGUUUCUUUCGAAUUUGUAGCUUUUGCGCCGUGAAACAUUCCAGAAAUUGCCGGCGGUGUGCUGGUACGGGUUUCGACGCUCGCGCGCGCACCACAGAGCACACCCCAUCGAGACCAGACGCUUUUUCAUUUUCCGAGCUGAAUUUGUUUUCCGGUCCCUUCUUGACCUCACAACCCGAAACCUUAACGAACCUGACGACAUGUUUGUCUUUCUUCCGCGGUCAACCCCCUGAAUCCGAAGUCCGCCAACGGCCGUUGGGAACCUUGGGUGUUGAAGGUGGUCAGUCUAAUCACACCAGAGUUGUCACAGUUCCGUGCUUGGGACGUCUCUCCCAUUCAGACCUCUUCCAGGGGUCUACCCACUGAUUGUCAGAGCCUUCCGGUAUCUUUGAAGCGGUCGGUGACACGGAAAACGGGAUGCAGCUCGUGCUGUCUCCCCUCUUCUUGCUCAUGCUCAGUGCCGUGCGUGAGGCGCGAGCCUCUCUCAAGGAGCAUCCGGAAGCUUUUGCAUUUGCGAAUGGCAGGCGACCUAAACUCAGUGUCUCUUUUUUUUGCCUCAGCCUUUUGUUCGCCGUCGCCCGUUGUGCGCCUUUCUUCGCUGGAUCUGCCUGCCCACCUCCGCCGCUGCUGGCUUCGCCGUCCGCGGCGUCGGCGCAUGCAGUUCUCCGCUCAGCUCCACCCGCCCUUUCUGCGAGUGACAACAAUGCCCCGGGAACGCUUUGCAUACGGAUUGGCGCUCCCCCGUUUUCUAGAAGGACGGGUGCAGACCGCAGAAAACCUCUGUUGCCGGCUUCUGGGUCUGCUGUCACUUCAAAGUGGAACCUUUUGCCCAGCUUCUCUCGACUUAGUGCCUUCCCUGACUUUCCACCCCAUCUCCCCUUGCCAUGGUUAGGUCUUUCUUUCUUGGAUGCACAGCCUCCGUUCUCUUCUCCGUCGUUUCUCUUCUCUGGACUCCUCUAUGCGGCGCCUCCACUCACCACAAGCUCCUGGCGGCGUCGUUCCUCCAACUCCUCCUGGCUCGCCUCCUCGUCUUUUCCUCGCGACCGCAACGCGUUCCUCCGCCUUUCUCGCUUCCGUGGGCGCUCACGACCCAUACCCUCUCCACCAGAGCGAGCUGCUCAGCGCUUCAGGUUUGCAUGCACGCCUCUGGACAUUCGCGGAGAAAAGGCGCCUGCAGCAACCUGCCUUCGCAUCACCGCCGCCGCCACUCCUUUUCAGAACUCCGAGGGCCUGUGUGCCUCAUCACUGUUGGCGUCGUCGUUGCUCUCUCGGCCGUCCGCUUCCUCCUUGCCGUCCUCUCUUUCCCUCGCAACAAGUCUGCCCUCUUCGGGACUCAGCUGCGCACGAGCGCGACGCUCCCGCCACUGCCGCCACUCCCUGCGUGGGGACUUGGCGCCUCGUCUUUCCGCUGUACAUUCACCAGCGCCUGAGCGAGAUGUAGCGCGGAGCACAAGGCAGAGAAGGCGGAGAGCAACGCUGAACUUGGGGGGCAAGCGGCGGUCGAGAACAGGCGCAGAGACAGGCGAGAACGAAGAGGACGAUGCAGACGAGACACGAGACCGUGCUCACGAGAAAGGCCGACGCGAGUGCAGGUCCGUCGAGCUAGCAGCGACGGGCGGGGACGGCACCGCAGGUCAGAAGGGGAGUGAGAAGGAAACCAACCAAGGGACGUCGCCAUCGCAGGCAGAAGAAAGAGCGGCGGCGUUGCUGAAGGCUCUCUCCAGAGGGCAGAGACAUAGCGCGGCGGAGAAGCAGGAGCGUGAGGAAGAAAGGAUCGGGAGAACGGGAGCGACCAAAGAGAACAAGAGUCAGGAACUGAACGAAAGAAGAAGAGAAGUCAUGGCAAGAGCAGAUGAAAAGACGCACGCGCUUCACAGACCGCGCUUUGGAUACCGAGACUGGACUCGCCGGGAGAAAGCAGGAGGAAGAACGAGUGAGAGGAAAGGGAGUCGAGAGAGAAUCACGGACUCACUCGAACCGGAGGGCAGGACUGGAGAAGGUCUGCGACUGAGAAGAAAUGAGAAAGCGCAGGAAAGAGGACGAGCCGCGAAGAAGCGGGCUGUCGACGCUGGUUUCCUUCUCGCAGAUUCCCCGAGUGACUGGGACCGGACCUUCAGACUUCGAGAAGAGAGGAGAGAAGACAACGCGGCAGAGAACUUCUGGCGGGAGGCGCGGAGAAGCGAGUCCACUCGCCACUGCGCGAACGACUUCGAAGGAGAGUUGUCGGAUGGUCCGAAGAGGCUGCCUGCGCGCACGGAGACUUCGUCGAGUUCCUGCUCUUCCGUUGCGUCUUCCGGAGUUCGAGGCGCAGGCCAGUCGUCCUUCUCCAGCGACGUUCUGAGACGUGGAAACCAUGCAGCGAAAGGGAGUGUAUGCUUCAAAGAGAAGGCGGUGACAUGCUUGCGAGGCCCUGCAGAACAGACACUCGCGAGCAAGAAAUCCGGCAGGGACGUGAGUCGCCACGGAGCGCUCAAGACCGAAUUCUCUGAGUCGGUUGACGAGGGAGAGUGCGAGCGGAGAAAGGACGAAACCCUCCUCCUGUCGCUGCCUGCUUCUGCGUAUCCUCCCUCGCCUCUCCACCCGGGGAUUCGCUUGCUGCCUCACGCUCUCCAGUCACGAACUGCUUUUCGGCACUUCUCUGGACUCGUGGAUCUAACCACCAUCUUUCCAUUGCCGCCGCCUCUCCCUUCUUCCCCUUCGUCUCCUUCUUCUCUUCCGUGUUCGGUUUCGGAGGCGGAGCAGAGAGACAUCCCCGCAUGUGGAGAGUUCCCUGGAGACGCGGGGCGUCUGAGCCAGAGGGAAGAACAGACAGGGGCGGGAGACGAGGGGGAGAGGGCAAGGAAGCUGCUUUCUGUGGGGGCUGCCUUUGCGACGUCGAACCAGACAGAAACAGCUGCGGACGCUCCUGCCUGCUCGCCGCCCAGCUCAGGUGAAGACCUGCGUUUUGGGAGCCUCAGAUCGAGAGCUCACGCCCACUCAGAGUUCGAAUGUGGAACGCCGGCCUUCCUGGGCGGCGCGUCUGCUUUCGACGCUGAGGCCUUCAGAGCGAUUGGCAUCAGGCACCUGUCCCUCCUGUCGGCCCUUGCGCAGGCAGGGAUCUCGACGCCGACGGAAAUUCAGCGGCUGACUGCAACGGCGCUCCUUCUCCCCAAGGAGAACUCUGCGCGGAUUUCCUCGCAUCUUGAAGCGUCUGGGGGCGGCGACACACAGAGCGACUUUCUGCGGGUGGGUCUGCCUCGCGUCUGGCAGAUGGAGGCCUUCACAGGGAGUGGCAAGACCUUGGCAUUCUUGCUUCCUGUCUUGCAGGAGAUCCUCGACAGAGCUCGACCCGUACCACAGAAGGCGACGACGCCUUCAAUCGAGGCUCUCAUUCUGGCGCCAGGCAGAGAACUCGCUGCUCAGAUCUACGCAGUCUGUCGAGCGCUCAUCUCCGCUGCUUCGUUGCCGCCACAAUCAAGUCCAGACGCGGCCGCGGCUGCGGGAGAAAGGCAGAAACACGAUUCGUCUCAGUCUGCUUCGUCAUCUGAACUGGGAAUCCAUGCGCUGCGUCCUUUCUUGUUGGUGGGUGGCGCAAACCCCGAGCGUCAGUUGGAGCGACUGAAGCGUCAGAGGCCCAACAUUCUGGUCGCGACUCCUGGGCGUCUGCUGUCUUUUCUGUCGUCGCGGCGGGGACGCAUGCGUCGUCUGGUCAGCCUGCGUUCCUGCUCCUUUCUCGUGCUGGACGAAGUUGAUGCUCUGCUGGAGGAGAAGUGCCUCAUAACUUCUGGCGCGGACGAGCCGGAGCCAGCUGGCGCUUCGAGGGAAGAAGGCCUAGCGCUCUGCAUGCCAGGGAAAAAGGGAGACGAAACAGGCACAUGGCCAGCGGCCGGCGAGGCACCAGCGCAGAUGCGCCGCGUCGCCGGUUGCGACCCCAGAGGCGGUUCAGAGGCACCGUACCUAAACCGGGGAGAGCAGAAGAGAGAGAAACUCGAGAGGAAACGACGAGAGAGUCUGGAGCGCGCCAUGCACAAAGAACUGGAAGCUCGCGUGAGCAGGUGGGAAGCGCGAAAGCGGCUGCAGCUGUGGAGGGAGAGAAAGGCGCAGCGCGAGGAGGAAGAGGAAAUCCUCGGCCGACUCAGGGCUGAAAGAAAGAAGGAUGCAGACGCGAAUGUGGACCACGGGGAAGAAGCCAGCUGGCACGUCUUACAGGAGCUGAAGAGUCGCGACGGCAGAAAGAAAGUAUCCUUUGCAGAGCAGGAGAGACAGUUCCACAUUGAGAGAGCAAAGUACCUGAAAGAAACGGAAGAGAAACUCAGAACGAAACUCGAGGCCCAACUAGCGAAACCCGUAGGUGCAGACCGACCUGGCGCACUCAGAGAUGUCCAAGCCAUCAUGCGGCACUUGAGAACUGGCUGGCACCCACAACAAACGGGAGGCGAAUGCGACAAACAAACAGAGACUCUCCAAAGGGAACACCAAAGUCGGGGAGGAGAACAGGAGAAGAAACAAGAGGAAAGGUCAACAGAGCCGCUGAAGCAAGAAGAAGCUGCGAGGGUGGAAGGAGAACAAGUGGAGACCAAGAUAAAAAAUACGAGGACUGGGGAGUUCGACACGACAGGCAUACGUGGAACCCCAGACGGCGCGGAGACGCUUUCAAUGAAGGGCCUUCCCUUGAGCGCACCGACGGCUGCCGUUGACGAAGCCUGUGUUGAUUUGUCGUCUUGCUCUCCCCCUGCCCCCGCAGUGUCUCCCUCUCUGCCAGGGACCUUUCCCGAGGUCUCUUUGCAGGUCCCGUCGUCUCCAGCUUCUUCUUCUCUCUCUUCUUCCUCCAACCACCUGCGAAUGUUACUCGUCUCAGCAACAGCGUCACGCUUGGGGUCGACGCGGGUGCGAGAGCUUCUUCGCUUGCCUCCAGAGACUCGGGUGGAUCUUCUUCGGUCUAACGCUCUAUGGAACGAGGCUGAGCAGCCAGUGCGCUCCAUUUCCUCGCAUUCUCUGCGUCCCUCUGCUGAAAAUGGGUUACCGUGUGCCUCGAACGAGGUCGAAGGGCAGGAUACUCACGCCGGGAGUUUGGAGAGCUCGCCACAGUCGACAGGAGGUCUGGCCGCCAGGAGAAAUCUCAUCCACUUGUAUGUGGAAGCGAGCAACGACGAUAGUCUGCGCAAUUUCCGAAGAUUCCUCAAGGCAGAACCGUUUGAAAAGACACUGCUUGUGUUCUGCAACAAACAGAAAACCGCUGCGUGGCUACAACAGUGGUUUGCGAAAAACGAGCCCGAGGUGGAAAGUUUCUUGCUCGAUGGUUGGCUUGACAAGACAAGAAGACGGUCCUUGCUGCGGCGCCUCCUGGCGGGACCCUCCAGUCUGAGCCGAGACAACGAGGCAGGUGGAAAAGGGAGAACUGACAGUGAAGGUCGUGUAAACGAAUCGCGGGUGGGCACCAGGUCUGCGUGGAUAACGACGGAGUUGGCGGCAAGAGGCUUGGACUUUGCUGGAGUCAGCGUCGUUGUAAAUUUCCAGCUUCCGUCAGAUAGCACGCAUUACUUGCACCGGGCUGGACGUGUUGGAAGAGCUGGAAACCCAGGAGCUGUGAUCUCGUUUUGUCGACCGGGAGAAGCGGCCAUUGUGCGACGAUUUGGCAGGGAGCUAAAUGUUGAAAUUCACCCUGUCCGCAUUUUCCAUGGAAGACUCUGGACCGUUGCCUCGAAAGAGGGUGGAGACGCGGCUCUGCCAAAAGUCGGUGAAGCGGCCGCCUCUGCUUAGUGAACCAAAUGUUUAGGGAUUUGUGUAGAAACAGGGGAAAGUGCCGGGUAGCUGAGGCUGGAAGUGAUCAGAAAGGGGAAACGUUUGGCCGCCGCAAACCAGAGGCGCGUGGUGAAAAUGUUUUUUUGCUGGGGCAGAACAAUCAAUGGGCAAGCGUCUAUGCGUAACUGUUCGUCCGGUUGAGCCUGCGAAGGUCGAUGGCCAGGUUGUGACUGUGCAGCUUUCUUGGAAAACACAGAGUUUUCGGUGAAGGAGGACAUGACGUUUUUCUCGCCUAACUAUUUUGAAGAAUUCCAAAUCUCAGAGCCUUCCGUUAGCGGAAUCCACAGUGAAGCAUACACAGUGGAACACGGGGCAAUUCAUGUGGUCUGGGAGCAUCUCACCUUGGUCUUACAGCGUUUCGUCUAGCAGCUCGAGAACUACCGCUGUGAAACUUCGGGGACUAGGUGAUUGCAUUUUAGAUGGGGAGAUGUUUACGUGCAUGUGUUUCGCAGCAGAGCAUCGGCUGUUUACCACCACCCCACGGGACUGCUCAGAACAACUAAAACUGUUGGGGGGUUACUUUUCCGCUUGCUAUCGAAGAGUCUCUGUAGCAACCAAACUGGUUCAUGCGCGUUCCUCUACACUUGUUGGGAAACUGCUGACUUUUAAAACUACAUUCGUAUUUGCAUUUCUAAAACUGUUAGAUCU